AAUCCACUCUCUACCAAAUAUUCUCCCCCUAUCAGAACGGAUAUGUCGGUCAUUUCCAAUCCUUCACAAAUUGUGAUUGCGAUUUACAAAGCUUCUCCACAUUCUGGAAUGAUAUUAUGCCCCAGCGCUCAGAUACCGAGGUAAAACGAAACGCGACCAUCGAGGCUUCGGGCGAGGCCACUCUCCAUUUCUUCACAUGCACCCUUUGAAUGAAUCUUGAUCUACUUACAAACUUCACUCGCUGUCGGAAUUAAUUUGGCUUUGUUUAUUCUAUAGAUCUUCAUUGCGAUUCAUAUUCUUCAAGUUUUAUAGAGUAUAUCUUUUAUCAUUCCUUUUAUACAUUCCAAGAGAUCUAGUCCGACACCAUGGCACCGACGGUACAAGAUCCCGAUACCUAUGUGAAGACUAUCCGAGCAUCUCCUCCUCCCGGCUCACCCUACUCCCUUGCGAUCCCGGGCAGUGCGCGCGAAGAUCGCAGUGGUAUUUACAGGCAUUAUCAAUUCGUGGAUAAGCCAUUGCUCCAAACAAUCGAUCCAGAAUGUUUGACCAGUCAUGACUUUUUUGAGAAGGCUGCAAGAAAGAGACCAAAUGCUAGAUGUUUGGGCCAUAGACCUUGGGAUCCCGUUACAAAAACUUAUGGUAACUAUCAAUGGAUUACAUAUGCGAAGACGGCAGAGCGCAGAAAGAAUUUUGGUGUAGGAUUGGUAGAGCUUCAUAAGAGGGCGGGAAUCACAGAUGAUAAGUAUGGUGUGGGUCUUUGGUGUCAAAAUCGUCCAGAAUGGCAAAUUGUUGAUUUGGGAGCGAUGUCUCAAUCCCUCUUCACGGUUUCCAUUUACGAUACUCUCGGACCGGAUACAACGGAAUAUAUCGUCAACCAUGCGACGCUUGCUUGUGUUUGUACGACUCUACCACAUAUUCCGACGUUAUUGAAGUUAGCGCCGAGAGUACCUACGUUGAAGCUCAUUAUUUGCCUUGAUCGUUUGGAUGAAGGAGAGCAGCCUGGAAACACAAAGAAAGCACUUUUGAAUGCUCUUGCGGCUGAAGUUGGAAUCGCUAUUCAUUAUAUUGGAGAUGUUGAAGCCAUUGGAGCUGCGUCCCCAAAUUCCCCAAUGAACCCACCUCGACCAGAAGACAUCAUUACAAUCAAUUAUACCUCCGGAACAACUGGUAACCCCAAGGGUGUGGUUCUUACCCAGGCACACGCUGUUGCAGCCACUUCUAUUUCGAGAAUUGUGUCUGAUCCAUGGCCUAAUGAUGUCCUUUGUUCAUACCUUCCAUUGGCACACAUUUACCAACGUCUUGCUGAGCACGGCUGUCUGGCUGUAGGAUCUGCUAUUGGUUAUUUCCGUGGUGACAUUCUCGGACUUGUCGACGACUUGAAGCUUCUUCGCCCAACAGCUUUCAACUCCGUUCCUCGUCUCUACAAUCGAUUCGGAGGCGCUAUCAAAGCCGCUACUAUCGAUGCCCCAGGUAUGAAAGGCACGAUCGGUCGUCAUAUCAUUAACACCAAGCUUGCAUCGAUGAAACUUCCACCUGGACAAGCUACCAAUAAACACGCUCUCUAUGAUCGUAUCUGGACUCCUAAAUUAGCUAGUGCUUUUGGUCUUCAAAGAGCUCGUGGUAUGGUAACUGGAAGUGCUCCAAUUGAUCCUGGUCUUCAUCAAUUCCUCCGUGCAGCCUUUGGUGCCAAGUUCAUCCAAGGUUAUGGUCUUACCGAAACUUACGCACACGGUCUUGUACAAUACGAUGAUGAUUACAGCACCGGUAAUUGUGGAGGUGUAAGCCCGUCUAUGGAAGUAUGCCUCGAAUCCGUCCCCGACAUGGAGUACCUCGCCACCGACACACCCAACCCCCGAGGUGAAAUCCUCCUUCGAGGUACCGCCCGUUUCCGCGAAUACUACCGCAACGAAGCCGAAACCUCCAAAGCAAUCGAUGCAGACGGCUGGUUCCACACCGGCGACAUUGGAGAAGUCGACAGCAUGGGCCGCUUCAAAAUCAUCGAUCGUAGAAAGAACGUCCUCAAGCUCGCCCAGGGCGAGUACAUCUCCCCCGAACGCAUCGAAAACGUCUACCUCGCAAACUGCAAUCUCCUCGCCCAAGCAUAUGUGCACGGAGACUCCACCCAAGCUUUCCUCGUCGCCAUCUUUGGAGUCGAUCCCGUGACGUUCGCGCCAUGGGCAAGCAAGAUCCUCGGCAGAGAAAUCAAGAGUGACGAUAUUGCGGGCCUUAAAGAAGCGGGUAAUGAUAAGAGGGUGCGCAUGCAACUUGUCAAGGUAUUGGAGGGCGUGGGCAAGAAAUCCAAGUUUAAUAGCUAUGAGAAGGUCAAGAAUGUGUACUUGGAUAUCGAACCAUUUACCAUUGAUAAUGAACUCCUGACUCCGACACUCAAGCUCAAGCGUCCCCAAACGGCCAAGAAAUUCAGAGAGCACAUUGACACCAUGUACGCCGAAGCAUUGGCGGAGGAGAAACCGGUUGCGAAGUUGUAGAUUGGAUUUGAGGAGAUUCGAUUUGAUUUUAUUGGUUUGAUUGGUUUUUAGAUAUGGGUUUUGAAUUUGGUUGUUGUGAAUUGUAGCUGGGUUGUAGGCUGUGGAUUGAUACAUGGUUCUACUUUGCUCUUCCACCAACAAGCGCAGUGAGUGAGCGAGUGUAUAUUCACGCGUGUAUGUAUGGCGAAAGGAAAAAUACACGAGAGCGUGAGGAGUCGAGGAUAGAUGCGAGGGGGCAGGAAGAAUCAAUCAUCUAUCAUACCUCUUCUUGAUUCCUGAUUCUCGAUUCCCGAUCUUGAGGAGGGGGAAUGGGAGUGGGAAAGAAAGCGCGAGAUUCCCUAGAACUUAUCUUUUAUUUACAUAUAUAUAUGGAUGGAUGGAGGUAGUAUUAAUAGUUGAACUUUUUUUUUUGAUAUACUUUUGUCUCUCUUUCUUGGUUCAUUCCAUCUUGUUAGUGAGAUCUUGAGAUUUUGAAAUUCCAAUACAAAUGCCAAUG